AAUGGCAGACGAAAAGGAAAAGUCGGGAGUCUGACGUUCAUUUUUGUGUUUAGUAUUUUUUACCUGCACAGACCAUUUUUGUAACGGAUUGUGUUGAUAUAUUAAAGAAUCAUGGAACCACAAAACAUUUCUGAAGAUUCCGGGGAAAAGAUUCUGGUGAAAACAGAACCUCAGGAAGACAUGAAGGACUAUGCAGAAGACACAAUGAAUGAGCUGCUUGCUAUCUACGGAUAUGAGAAAGUGGAUGAAGGGAUGACAAGAGAGCUGCACUUAAAUCAUUUCAAGGAAGAUGAAGCCCAGGAGAGAGAAACAAAAUCGGAGACCCCCGAUGAUGUCAUCAGUAUCAAGCAAGAGGCGGACGACGGCUUAAAUGACAUUAAGCCUCCCCCUGGGUGUAGUAACAACCAGUACAGUGGACCCAACUCACCCACUUUGGACGACCAUAGUAACAACUCUGGCACGGCUGUAAGCACAUCCUGGGAAUGCAGUGAUGGAGAAAAUACAGCAUCGGAAUUUGAGAUUGUUUGCGCAUGGUGUCAACAUUUUGGCUUUAAACGUUACACGCUCAACACUGCCACCGAAUCCAAAGCUUUCUGUAGCGAGAAAUGCUUUGCCGCCUGUCGCAGGGCCUACUUCAAACGGAGUAAAAUGUGCUACUGGUGUCGCCACAUCCGCCACACAAAAGAGUACAUCGAUUUUCAAGACGGGGAGCGAAAGCUCCAGUUUUGCAGCGAGAAGUGUCUGAACCAGUACAAGAUGGACGCCUUCUGUCAUGAGACUCAUGUGUUGGGGUCUUCGUCCAUGGAGUCCAGCUCUGGGGCUGACCCAGGCGGUAGUGAGCAGGGUGGUGCGGCGGCAGGGAACAGCUCAGAUGAGAUUGAGAGAGGAGCUGAACGAGGUGAAGGGAAUAUGCUGCUGAGUGUGGCAGUAGACAGCAGUCCACAAUCACACUCUCUCGGAAACGGACUUCAACCCGCUGCUGCAGGAUCGGAGAAGCAGCUGCCCAUGGCUUUUAUCCAAACUACCAAAUCAAAACAGCAUUCUAACCGAACUAUAAUCGGGGUGCAACAUGUUGCUAUAGCUCCAAAGGUUACAUCAGCCAGUCCACGCCAGAAAGGUGGCACUCUGACAGCAACCUCACCAAAUGCUUUUUCCAGCAGGGUGUCCCCGUCCAACCCCCCAGCAGGGCAGGUGUAUGGACUACAAACUAUGUUUCAACCAGGGGUUGGAAAUUCACAACUUGUUGCCCGCCCACCGGUAGUGGUCAGGGGCACACACUGGCCUCCGGUGGUGAGACAAGUUCCAGGGUACGCCAUUCCGCGCCAGCAGCACCCAGUGUCCCAGGUACCACAACUUGGCCUUCCAGUCACCUCGCCCUCAUAUGUUAAGCCCUCAGCUUCAACAACUUCAUCAUCAGUAUUUCCUCAGAAACUCCCUGACCUGAACUCAUAUGAAAGCUCCCAGCCCCCAAGAGCUAGCUCGAGUCACCUUCUGCCACCUGUAACAGUUAUGGUACCUCAACCCAUUUUUAUUCCUGUACCUUUUCCCAUACCUAUACCGAUCCCAGUGCCAGUAGACAAAUUUCAUGCCAUGAGAGCCGCCAUGGCUGCUGGUAGACGUAGCCCAAAUAAGGCAAACUCAAGCACGUGCACCUCUCCAGGUUUUGAAGAAAAUACAGCAAGCAGUUCAUCAACUCAAACUCCAGGGGUUACGUCCAGCAGCCUAGACUUUAGUAGAUAUCCUCAUACACUAUUUAAUGAAUCGUUACUGCAUAAACAAGCUGAACCCAAUCUGCUGAGCACUACCACGGGGAGUAAACAUUUCCAAGGACUUUUGCAACAAGGGGAUUCAAUGAACUACGCCAGGACAAAUGAACCAUCCAGCUAUACCGACCGACGACAUAAGGCCUGGCAGCCCUUAUUUAAGUACAAGAUGCUGCAGCGUAGUGCCAGCAUGGACCUAAGCCUUGCCAGGCCGUCAGAAGAAUCCACUUCCAAAUCAGUUCACAGAGUCCCCAGGAUGGAGAGAGAUCCAGACUGCCACAGUCAAAGCAGCAACAACAUCAGUACCCACCGAGAAAGCAGCUUGAGAUCCGAUGAGCAUACACAUCUCAGCGGCGAGUCUUCCGCCAAGGUACGUGAAGCCCUGCGCUGCCACUUAACGAAACGCCUCUCACAGUCAGCUCUGAACCUCACGGAGGUCGGGAGAGCUCCAAGCCUCCAGGAUGAUCUGCGCCGCUGCCAAAGCCUGAGCAGGCUUCGGUACACAGAGCCAAAUCACAUGGAUAAGCUUCCGGAGUUGACCGAUGGUUACUCCUCGCCCAGCUACUGUUCCUCCACCUCCUCCAACACUCAGAGAAGCUGUAGGAAUCAGGCCGGGAAAGAGGAAGGGUAUGAGGACGAGCAGCCUUCACCUCAAACAGGCGAGUCGCAUGCUCUGGUCAUUGAGUCUGAGGACGAAGACUCAAAGGAACCGGAGAGCAAACGGCAGUGUUUAAAUCAUAUCUGAUUAAACGCAGCCUUUGGGUAACAAAAUGUAGGAAGUUUAUUACAGCACCACAGUUUAAUUCCAGAAUAAACUACAAGGUUUCUGACCAGGGCCCAAAUAGAGCUGAUUAAGCACAAAAUUCUGCUUAAAGCAAAAUAAUCCAUGCUUAGUAAAAUCAGAUUACCGGCCAAGACUCCACUAAAUGCUAAGUACACAAUAGCUCAAUACCAGUCACAAGCAACGUACAUGUAUAUUGGCAUGAAAUUUUGGCCAGUAACAUGUGUAAAAUAUGCAACCUAUUUUCGUGCUUCGCCAAAUUUUUUGCUUAAGCAGCUCUAUGAAAUUUUGCCCCUGGUAUGCUAGUUAUAAAGCCCACCUCUUACCCUGUUCUGCCUAUCUUGCCUAUUGCCAAGUUCACAACCUUGUUUUUAAACUACCCCUGGUUGAAGCUUACAAGUGAUAUUGAAAAUCUAACUUUUAUUCAAAGGAACCAAGUGCAUUUAAAUUUUGUUACUUUAUCCCAUCUUCAGUGGCAGCUUGUAAAGUAGUAGACAUUUUAUUUUCUAAAGGAGGAAAUGAGCUUUGGUAGAAAUCUUAAACCCUAACUGCCCCAAAUUCUCCAAAUCUGUUUUUUCUUUCUCAGAUUGGUGUUGAUUUGGAUGAGUUUUAAUGUGUAGCAAUGCACACAGCCAUACUUACCAUGCUGGCCAUGGGGCCAAGCAUGCCUGCUGUCGAUUUCACAAAGAGUUAGGACUCGUCUUAUCUCGAGUUAGGACGAGUAA